GGGGCCGAGAUGGCGGCGUGCGAGGCGGCGGAGCGGCGCGGGCCCGGCUCUGGAUGAGGGGCGGCCGGAGGCUGCGGGAGCGGCCGCCUCGGCCCCUGGAGCCCCGCGACCCCCGGCGAGGCCUCCCCCCCGGGGCAGGACAGUAUUGGAGCAGCCUACCUAAUGAUCCACCUUCCUGACUCUUCCUAACUUAAAGCCUGGAAUAUAAAAAGUGAUUUAAAUGCCAUAGCAUAUUUGAAAUCAAGCUGUCCUUCCAUGGAAUACUCAUGGCCUGAGGAAAAUGUCACAGGGGUGCCUUCUCUUCUCAUCAGGAGGAGGGGUUUCUUACCAUGGCCAUAACACAGUUCCGACUCUUUAAAGUCUGUACUUGCCUGGCAGCAGUGCUUUCUUUCAUUAAAAAGUUAAUAUGCAGUGCUCAUGUUUUCAGAGCUUGGAGGAAUCCUACAUUUUUUUUUCAGGUCUGGAAGAGGGCGAAAGUUAAGUGGAGACCAAAUAACUUUGCCAACCACAGUGGAUUAUUCAUCUGUUCCUAAGCAGCCUGAAGUAGAAGACUGGUCUUCAUGGGAUGAAGAUGCACCUACAAGUGUGAAGAUUGAAGGUGGCAAUGGUAAUGUGGCUGCUCAGCAAAAUUCUUUGGAACAAAUGGAACCUGAUUAUUUCAAAGAUAUGACACCAACUAUAAGAAAAACUCAAAAAAUAGUUAUUAAAAAACGAGAGCCUUUAAAUUUCGGGAUUCCAGAGGGAAACACAGGAUUUUCUAGCAGAUUAGCAGCUACACAAGAUAUUCCUUUUAUUCACCAGUCUCCUGAACUGGGAGACCUAGAUACAUGGCAAGAAAAUACAAAUGCCUGGGAAGAAGAAGAAGAUGCUGCUUGGCAGGCAGAAGAAGUUCUUAGACAACAGAAGAUAGCAGAAAGGGAAAAAAGAGCAGCAGAACAACAGCGUAAGAAAAUGGAGAAAGAGGCACAAAGGCUAAUGAAAAAGGAACAAAACAAAAUUGGUGUAAAACUGUCCUAACAGAAACCAUGCAGCAAUGACAGUGAAAAGAGAAUUUCAGCUCCACAAUAUACAUAUUGGUAUUGAUUUAACUAUUUAUGGGACUUCAACACACUGCUUGGUUUCAAUGCAUUCUUCAGGUCAUCUUGGAAGCCAGGAUUUUCCCAAACUAUCUUGAACUACUAGUACGUAGUUCUUAAAGGAGAAAAGUCCCACAGAAGAUCAUGCCUUGAUGGAAUGUUUCCCUCAAUAGUUCUUUUCCAGCACCCUUCUUUGCAGCAAAAUUGAUUGACAAGGAUGUUGAUUGAAAAACACUCUUAAUGAACAGCUCAAGCCUAGAGAAAAGAAUGUAAAUAUUGAGUGGUGGGAAAUCUACCUGUAUUGUCUGUGCUUACCUGAAACAUGUAAUUAAACAGUUUUAAAGAAC